CGGUGCGUCUUUCGGCAGCGCGCGCUGUUUACGGCACAUGCAAGGAAGCAGUUCUCGUCUGCCGUGUUUCCGCACCGACUUCCGCGAGAUCAACUACCGUGAUUUCCUUCAAUCAUCUACCGUGAUUUCCUUCAAUCAUCUUACGUGAUUUCUGCGACCAUCUAGCGUGACUUUACGCCGCGGGCGCACGCACACGUAAACUACCACUUCGGUGCCACUUCGUUUGGAGCGUUACUUCGUCAUCCGUCGCUGCAGAUACAUAAAACAUCAGAAUUAGGAGACGAAAAUCGUCUGCAGUGGUACAUUGCCGCAUCGUCUGCGAGCUCACGCUAUCGCAUCAUCUGCGCGUUUCGCACGGCUGUAUACCAAACGAUCUGCACGUCACGUGUUCGAUUUCGUCUGGCAUUCGAUGCUCACGUGACGUCUCUGUCAACCUGGCGCUCGCGCUGCCCACGCGCGUGUUCCAACGUCCGCCGCGUUACUGCGAUUCCGCCGCGCGUCUGCGGGCAGUUUGGGGACGCACGAGUGCCCCGCGAAAGAACACGAGCUCUCGCUCGUCUCUCGGCAAAGUGACAGAAGGAAUAAUAGCAGUGAGUGUACUGAGACAGUGAGCAGCUGUUGUCGGCCCCAUCGGCGUUUAUUUAUUUAAGAGAUGAAUGCAGCUCCGCUGUGAAGCCCCGAAUCUAGUGCGACGUAACACGCACGCACGCGGUGGAGACGGUGCGGCUGCUGCCGCGCGCGCAAUAAAGAAGGCGCCGGAUUAUACGAGUCUUACGUGUAAUUAGAGCCGUGUGCUAACGACCGCGACCCUACAGGGAGACACGCGCAGACAGAUACACGCGCGCAUCCACGCACACUACGGCAGCUGAGAGGCGGAGAACGGAUGCAACGUUACGUCACUGGGCCGGCGUUAAAACUGGUCGCUUGUUGGAUUCGGAUGCGGACUGGAGUUUAUUCAGACUCGCGCGCACGCACGCCGCAUCGGUUCACAGUAUAUGCCUAGCACGACCUACUUUGUCAUUACAUGGUCGUUUCCUGGCUUCGCUUUCAAUUUGUUUUACACCGCUUCUCGCGUGCGCGUAUUUUUUGCGUGAUGAGUUUUAGAGAUGUAGCACCACGAUAGCGCUCGCCUGCGGAAACCAUCAGUCAGCACCGAGCACGUAGGCUGGCACUAAUAAGCGGUUUGUAUACGUCUGAUGUGGCAAACGAACGCGUUUUUCUUGGCUAUUUUUUUCUUGAAUAACCCUGCAGACGAUCCUCUGACGGGUGGAGAGGAGAGCGUCUUUAGAGCCCGGUGAAGCACUGAGGGGAUGGAUGAUACUCUGGAAGAAUAGCACAGACGGAAACACUCUCGGGAAAACGAUCAGAAGGCUGCCUGGUGUAACCCCGAGAUAGGUUCCGACAGGUUUAGGACCGUGAGCCCUUGGCGUUAGUCUGCAAUCUCCACUCUUACGCGCGUGCAUGUGCCAGUGUUAUCUACGUGAAUCUGUUGUCCUGCAGCUUUUUAUAUUCCUACUUAUGCACCCCUGUUACCAAGAAAACCCCUCGGCGGUAUUUUCAACCUUCUGCAGCCUUCCGCGAGCGUGCUAGCAAGGAGAAACCUCGUUCCAUCAAACUGCAUCCACGCGCCGUGCAUGUAGGAUGGGCGGGCUGUCGCGCGGCUACAGCGGCGUCGCCUCCUUCAGCGUCGCCGUUGGAGACUCUCCGGAGAAGCUGCUCAUCGCGCGCAAGAUCCCGCUGACGCAGCGCUCCAGCUACUGCAUCUGCUGCUUCUCGCUGCUCAGCAUCGCCGUACCGACGGUCAUGCUGUGCGCCAUCUUCGUCAUGAAUCCGUACCUGCGCACGGUCGACUUCGUGCAGACGACCUGCAGUGUGCUGAACUCGACUGCCGCUAACUUUAAGAGCUGCAACACGUGCGUGCCGUACACGUGCAUACGCGUGCACGUCAACUACACGGCGAUUGACGCCGAUGGCGAUAGAAGCGCUGCAAGGGCGGCCAAACGCGUCGCUUUUCUCUACGAUGAUGAGAGAUUGCUAUAUCAGAAAUACAAGUGCACGUUCACCCCGUGGGAUCCACUCGAGACGACGGCAUUCAAGGAUAGGUUCAAAAAGAAAGGCUACGAGUUCCAGUGCUUCUACGACCCGAAGGCAUCGUCGAAGUCAUCCGGAGCAAAGUCUAUUAAGAAGUGCUCGUCGUGACGCCUCUUGUGGCCAUCGUGCGCAGCCAUCGUUUGUCUGGCGCCAUAUUGCUCUUUAUGCGGAAGCGAAAUGUGAGAUGAUCAUGUCGUGUGCUUCGUCGGACGAUGUUGCCGACAGGAAUCUUGACAACUAGGUCUAUAGCAAUGUA